GUACGGAAGUGAUGCAGUGACACUUUUUGGUUGCCGGGGAGCUGAGAAGCUGCGUGUAACAUGGCUGGGGAGGAGGUGACUUCGUCUCCGGGAGAGUCUGCUAACGGGUUAGUGGAUCUGUCUGGCCAAGGUCUGCAGAAGCUGAGUCCCACGUUACCAUGUGAAGCUGAUACUCGAACACUAAUUUUGGACAAGAAUCAGAUAAUCAAAUUGGAACACCUAGAGAAAUGCAAAAAUCUUACACAGCUCUCCGUAGCCAAUAACCGUCUUGUUCGGAUGAUGGGAGUUUCAAAAUUGGUCCAUUUGCGAGUACUAAAUCUACCUCACAACAGUAUAGGAUAUGUGGAAGGACUCAAAGACCUGGUGCAUUUGGAAUGGCUGAACCUUGCAGGGAACAAUUUAAAGGUUAUUGAUCAGAUAAACAAUUGCACGUCCCUGCAGCAUCUGGAUUUAUCAGACAAUAACAUAUCUCAGAUCGGCGAUCUCUCCAAGUUAUUGUGUCUCAAGACCCUUCUCCUGCACGGUAACAGCAUCACCACUUUGCGCACAGCCUCCACCAGCCUUCCGCAGAAUUUGUCCAUAUUGUCACUUGCGGAGAAUGAAAUCAGAGACCUGAAUGAGGUGUCCUUCCUUGCAGGUCUCUCUGAUCUGGAACAGUUGUCAAUCAUGAACAAUCCUUGUGUGAUGGCCACUCCAUCUAUACCUGGUUUUGACUACAGACCUUAUAUUGUCAGCUGGUGCUUGAACCUUAAAGUCUUAGAUGGAUAUAUAGUUUCACAAAAGGAAAGCUUGAAAGCAGAAUGGCUUUACAGCCAAGGCAAAGGAAGAUUAUACCGGCCGGGCCAGCAUGUUCCACUUGUGCAGUACUUAGCAUCUGUAUGUCCCCUGACGUCUGCACAUGGUCUUCAGACAGAGGAAGAUGCCAAGUUGGAGAAAAUCUUAAGUAAACAAAGGUUACAUCAGAGGCAAUUGAUGCAUCAAGUUCGUAAUGAGACCCAUCUCUCUUCAACUCCCAAUAAAAGAUCCUAUACCUCGGCUGAGCUGCAGAGCCCACCUAGAACCCUUCAUCGAUCUAAUAAUAGUGAGCCUAUUGUCAAGGUGGACACCUGGCUUGGUACAAGUAAUUCAGAAGAUAACUCCUACACAUCAAGAAACGUUUCCUCCAGCCCUGCUCAAUCUGGGCCAUCACAUUACAACAACCUUUAUCUUGAAGACAUCCAGACUGAUGAGGACAAACUGAAUUGUAGCCUUCUUUCCUCUGAGUCCACAUUCAUGCCUGUUGCUCAUGGUUUAUCCCCAAUGUCUCCCACUGUAGAGUUUAGGGUACCUGGUUUAACAGGGGAAUUAAGUGCCACUAACAGCACAACCAAAGUGAGUAAACGUAUUUCUGAGGACUUAACAACACUAGAGAAAGUAAAAGAGGCUGGAGUUGGCAGAACGGUAACGGAGUGCUUGGAACAAGGGGACAACCAUCAUCGGUCCUCUAGUGACUCUGUUACAGAGUGCACCCAGCCACCCAGUGCCUCCUCUUCUUACAGUGAUGUGGUGGACAGCAAAGUAUUACAGGAUGGAGACAUAGACCGCUUAAAUUGUAUGAACAUAGCAGCAACAAAACUGCAGUCUUAUUGGAGAGGUUUUUAUGCAAGAAAUCAUAACCCCAAAGUCAAAGAAGUACAAUAUGAAAUCAGACUCAGCAGAAUGCAGGAGCACAUCGUCUUUCUCACUCAAGAAGUCUCCAGGUUGAAGACAGAAAGGGAUGAGGAGCGGGUGCAGAGGCUUGUACAAGAAGAAGCUCUCCGAUACUUAUGGGACCAGGUUCAGUCCAUUCAAGAUUGGCAAAGGAAAGUAAGCGGUCAGAUUGAUAGUAUUCCAAAGCCUGAGGUACAGUCACCUAAGACUUCGGCACAGCAGUCACCUUCAUACGAGUCUGCUCCUGAAAUCCUAUGCAGCAAAACCACCCCAGACAUCCCGGACUCUGGUUUCCACUCCAUUGAAAUAGGGCAGACAUCUCAUCAGGAACUGAGUAGUUCCGAAAAGAGCUCCACCGAGGAAAGCGCAUCUUCUGAGCAAUCCGUGGAAACCGUAAAACAUGGUCAACAACCAUUGCCCGGUUUUAUUGAGGUUCAUGAGACAACAGCCCAGCAUCCAUGUGAAAGUAGCAAGGAUGACUCCAGCAUAGAACAAGACAGUAGUCUUCUGCAGCAGUAUUUGGAUAAAGUGGAACAACUUGAGAAAGCAGAGGACAACACAAGUCUUAGUGAUGUGACUGAGGAAAGUAGACCUGAAAUUACUAACAGUUCAAUAAACUCAGAUUUCCUCUCCAGUAGCUUCGGACAUGAUUGUGAAGAUGGAAAGAAGGAAGACAUCUCUCAGUCCUCUGAUGAUGCACAGAGCUUGGCAGCAUCACAAGGCGCUUGUACUGAGGCUCCAGAAGGAGAAUUGCUGCAGUAAGGAGAAGUUUGUAGUCUUUUCUCAUUGCUGCUGUUGUAGACUUUUCUGGAAAGGAGCCAUCCUGUGACAUUGACAGCAGACAUAUAGCAGGAGUACUCCUACAGUAAAAGGACGGCAUACAGAUCAGGGGUUAUGAAGCGUGAUCAGCAAGUUUUGGUCACGUAGGUUUUAAGGGUGGAAAAGGUCUCAUUCUGACAUGUGAAGAAGCAUUACAGACCAUACCAUUAUACAUUCCAUAGUCUCUAGUGAUACAGCUUCUUUCUACUAUAUCGGAAAAGAGUUGCAGCAUGUUUCUUUAUUGUUGCUUGGCUUUUGUCAUGUUUUUAGUGGCUCAACGUGUGACGUAUAUAUUGUAGUAGUAAUACCAUUGAUGCACUUUAAGAAAAAAUUGCUGGUUUGUCAACAUAUUUCAUAGUUGCAUGAUGUCUUGAUUGGCAAGUAGUGGUAUUCUAGUCCUUAACAGCUUGGGUAAAUGGGUGCUGCCAACCGCUAUGCCAGCCAUGAACACAGUCAUGCUUUAUCAGUGUUUUUUUAAUCAUCUCCCAGUCCUCAAAAGUAAAAGUGCAGGUGGAUUUACAGGGGACCCAUCCGUACCAUUUCUAUAACAGAGGUUGUCACCAUUCAGAAUGCAGCUGCCGGUCAGCUGAUCAAUAGUGAUUUUGCUGGUGGAAGACACAGAUGCUGCUGGAGAAGUUUUAAGCAUUACAUGGUGGAUAUUCUGACCAUCCGUGUAAUGUAAGGACACUCAAGUCCGCCAGAGCAGGCGCGACUCAUACAAAACUGGGGUGGGCUGGCCAUAGGGAAACUUCCUGUAGGCCGAUGACCAGGAGGCUGCCUGAGCUCUCCUCCACCACUCAUGGUAAGUAAUGAUCUGAAGCUCCCCUGCUGACUCCUGGAGUAGGAGGACAGAACAUAGCAGCUGGCACUGGCCACCACAGAGGGGCAGUUUUUGGGGAGGUAUUUUGUGAUGCACUGUGGUAUUUGGCUUUUCUGUGGUGGUAUAAAGUGCUGCAAUAUGGUAUUAGUGGUCCGGCCUUCAGUCAAUUUGGGCCCCACUGCAAAAUAGGGCUACUUUUUUAUUAUUUUUUUCCAGGGCCACUUUAAGUUUCGAGCCGCCCGAUACAGAAUGACUGUCCAUUCUAAGUCAUGGAUGUCCUGACUAGAGAACCCCAUUAUGAUGUCCAUAUGCCCUAAUAGGACAUAUCGAGUCGUAUCGACAUACAUCCCCUUUAAUCUUAAAGUACAUGCCACGCUGUCUUUACAUGUUGUUGAGCUCUUCAUAUUUUCAGGCAGAUAUUCUCCUCAUUUAUGGCCCUUUUAAUAGGACUUGUUUUUCCUUAGGUUAUUAUAUAGCAUGAAGUACCCUUAGUUGAUUUCUUAGGUGGCUACAUGGUGGUGUAUUUGCCCAGAUGAGUGCUCUAUUUUGCUAGAUUUUUUAUUUUUUUUGUCUUCGGAGACUUUAUUUCAUCUCCUAGUUCACCAGGUUUAUGUUGGCUAUGCCAGGAAUGCCUCAGAUUGCCUCCUACUAUGAAACGUAGAAGCAAUACACAAUUUGAAGGAACAAUAUGGAUGUAUUAAGCAAAAUCUCCAGUAGUUUGUCCUCAUUGCUUGAGAUCUGGUCUGCCUAUGCAUGCCCUUCUGUGACCACUAUGUACUUGUGUGAUGUUUUAUAUGCCUAUUUGUAAAGCACAUGGAUAUAUUAUUGUAUUUGUGCGGCCUCUCUUCCAGCUCACAUUUCUGAGUAAUCUUUUGGUUGGCUCUUUCCAUGUUAUUGUGAAUCUGGGCACUGAUGUAUAUGUGUAUGUACACCUCGCUAUAGUGUACACUCGUGGGGAAGCUGCAACUCCCAGCAAUCUGGUUGUCACGUCAUGCUAGGUGCUGGUCUACCAGUUUCAUACCACUGGCUGACACUAUACAAUUAUAUGUACAUUUCUUAUGCAAAGAUUCUCAAUCAUACCAUGCAUAAAUAUAGGAAUGUAUAUUACUGGUAAAUAUUGGGGUCUGCUCACACUUGCGCCACCAUUAGGGUUUAGUGUCUCUGUACUUUGGGAAAACUUUGGAUAUGUCAUAGCGGCAUGUCAAAAGUUUUGAUCGGUGCAGUCCAAGUGCUGAUACUUCCACUGAUCAUCAGCAGUGAGGAGAGAGAGCGCCCUGUGUGAGCGCCUCCUAUUUCUAGCGAUCCCCUCGGUUCUCAGCGCUCAGACCCCCACAGAUCAGAACUUGUGAUAUGUCCUAUUGACUUGUCAAAAGUUUUCCCAAAAUACAGUCCUACCUUCAGGUUUCUAUCACGGCAGGAAUAAGACAGCAUGCAGUCAGUGGGUCCAUUAGUCAUUGUUUGGAUCAGUUGUUGUAAAUGGAAGCUAUGUUUAGUGUGAACAGAGCCUAAAUAUUUGGGGCUAUAUGGGCUGCUAAGAAAACUAUUUAUUGGAGGAGAAGGAAGACUUUCAGAAUAAUAUUUUAAUGCAUAAAAAAAAGAUAUUUUGUAAGAAAUUGCUGAGAACAAGUGUGCAUUGAAUGCAUGUAUUAUUUGAACCUUAUUUUAUCAUAUAUAGUGUGUAUUUUUUUAGUGUGCAAAUCAGUUUUUCAUUUUGAACAGGACAAACGAGCAAACAAUUAAAGGUUAUUUUUCUGAUAUGAA